AUGUGUGAGGUGCGCCUGAUGCGCGAAGACCCGAGUUUGGAGGUCCGAAAGAUGGCAGAACAGGUCCUGAACAUGAAGGAUUGGAAGGUUCCUCACUGGAUGAACAUCCAGCAGCCUGCCUGGCGCGAACGCGUCAAGCGAUCCGUCGCCAACGGUGGAAAGGGCACCCGCAAGGGCAAGAACAGUGAGGGCAAGCUGUACAAGCGUUAUUGGGAGAAGCUGCCCCGUUGA